CGGCGCAGUUUUUCAAUACACGGAACACUCCGAGGCAUUCAUCCGUCAUUUCGUGUAUUUAACGAUGAUUCUGUCUAAAGUAAAUAUGUGAAAGUGAGUUUCAUAUUAAUCUCGGAAUUUCAUUUCAAGCUUCUAAUAUUUGUAUGCUAACACGGCAAAAUCAAAUGGAUAUUUUUUGUAUAUUUUAUCGUUUCGUUGUGUAGAUAUGUUAUCGCCACAUUGAAAUUAACCUAUAAUUAUAGUCAUAAUGGAUGUUAUAAUGCCAAAGUUUUACAUGCUUUUUAAAUUGAAUGUUUAUCAAGUUUAAUAGCGUAACAUUCUGUACCUAUCUAAAUUUAUUGUUUGUAAACAUUAUAUCUAUAUUAAGAUCAAAGCUUAAAAAAAAAAAAAGUAAAAACAUUUAUUCGUAACGAUCUUUAUUAGAUUUUAACUUUUAAAAUUUUAGCAAAAAGGAAAUUUAUUACUGGAACAAUAUAAUAAUAAGUGUUACAAAUCAUGAUUAACUAUUAUCUAAUAUUAUUUCUUGAAAUAUUGGUUAAGUCAAGUUAAAAAAGAUGCUUGGUAUAAUUGAAAAUAAUGAUAUUAUCUAACUAAAACAUAUUUUGAUUUCAGAGCAGCUAUAUAUCUUCAUAAUAAAAUACUAAAAAAAAAAAAAAGAAAAGAAAAAAAAAAAAGAGAGAAAAAAAAUUAUUUUUAUUAUUCUUACCAAAUUUAAAACAGAUGAUUAUAUUUAUAUCUAUAUAUACAUAUAUAUAUAUAUAUACAUAUAUAUUAUUGGAAUGUUAAACAGGUGAAACAUAUCAGUUUUAAGAGUAGGGUGCACAGAAUAUGGGCCUAAAAGCAGCUGUCCAAGCUCUGAAGAAAGCUGAACCAUUAAAGGAUAAGGUUCAACGUUGUAAAGAUCUAUUGAAUGAUAAUGAUGCUUGGGUGUGUCAACAACAACUACAAAAAAUUUAUCAACAAGUACUCAUUUUGGAUCUGGAGUACGCUUUGGACAAGAAAGUUGAACAGGAACUUUGGAAUCUUGGUUUUAAGAAUUAUAUAGCAACAUUGCAAUCUCAAGCAAAAGAUAGGAAAAAUCCAAAACGUGGAGAAUCUCAAGCCUUGUUGAGUUGGUGUUUGGAAGCAGCUAGUGGAUUUUAUUUGACAUUAUUGCAAGAAAUUUGUACAGCAUUUGACUUAGAUCUACCAUUUAGACGGAAAGGCUAUGUUUAUGGAUGCACUUCACCAUGGAAAGCUGUUGAAAAAUUGUCAACGCCUCACAAAUCAUCUUGUUUUUAUGCGUGCCAAUAUUGCCUUGUACACUUAGGAGACAUUGCUCGUUACAGAAAUGAAAGCAAGCAAGCUGAAUUAUUUUACAGACAUGCUGUAUCAUUGUCACCAUCAAGUGGACAGCCAUAUAAUCAGUUAGCUCUUCUUGAAGCAUCACGUGGAGAUAAAUUAGGAACUGUAUUUCAUUAUGCACGCUCUGUUACUGUGAAACAUCCAUUUCCUGUAGCAACAGCUAAUCUUGCAAAAACUUUAUCAUCCGCAUUAAAUGAUCAUUCAUAUAACAUUGAAGGAAAAACUAAAUUGAGUGCACAAGAAUAUGUGACUGUGUUUUUAAAACUUCAUGGCAUUAUACAUAAUCUUGGAGAUUUAAAAACUGCAUCCUCAUAUGUUAAAUUACUGACGGAGACAUUAACAGCAUUAGUGGCUACAGAAAGUUUCAGUUCAUGGAUGCUUGUACAAAUGUUGGUAAUAAAUUUAUAUGCUCUUCAGCAUACAACAGGCAUCACUUCAGAUGCGAUCGAAUUCUUAAAAACUGACCAAUUGUCUACUGAUGAAAAACUGGCAAAAAAUUGUAUUUUAGAUUUUAUUUCUGGCAGUUUAGCUGCAUUGUUGUUACCUGUCUAUACUAUAAAGAAUCGUAUUGUUGAAUAUUUUGCUUUACCUUCCAUAAAACUGUGUCUUGAUUGGAUUCGUAUAAAUCCUACAGUUUUGGAAGAGACAGCAUUUACUUCUAGACUCCAAAUUUGGCCCAGCCUUUGUGUAUUAUUAAAUGCUUUGCAACAAUCCAUUAUGGAUUUUAAAUAUGAUCAGUAUGUUAAAGUACCACUGCCAGAAGAUCGGGACUUGCAAGGCUUCCUACCAUUAGAAAAAAAUUUUGAAAAUUUGAAAUUCACAAAUACUGAUUUUGAAGAUGAUAUUGCGAUAUUAAAUAAACUCCGAGCUGUUCGUUUAAUUCAGUUGGGUCAUUAUUUAACACAGUAUCAAAUUAAUGGAUCUCCCUUAAUUGCUAUUGUAACAAGUGAACAAAUAGAAGAAAAUAGAUUUAUACCACUGAGUGAAGGUCCUGGCCCAAGCAAUGAGUUAAUGAAAGAACUUGAAGAGCUCAGCUUAAAUAAGGAAAAACCAAUUAUACCAGUGAGUCCUGUAUUAUCUGAAUCAGCUAGUAGCAAAGGAUCUGCAGAAAUUGAUAUAACAGAAAAUGCUCAGGAACGAAGAGUAGGUAUCCUAAAACCACAAGGUUCUUUAGAGCGAAAUAGAGAUUCAAUAACUAGUACCACAGAUAGUAACAUUGUUGAAUUAAAUUCUUUGCCGUCAACUCGGAAACCAAGGCAAAAUAUUGCAAUGCAAGCUAUAAUGCGACGUGCAGAAACAGAGCAAAAGCAAGUUACAUUUAAAAAUGUUUCACCAGUAUGUAUUGAAGAAGAAAAUGAUAAAAUAAAAACAACUGCGACUGUUUCUCCAAAUAAGCCCACAGGAAAUAAAAAUAUUCCAAUAACUACAGAAUCAACAAAAGUGAAUACAAAUGCAUUGAACACUGUUCAGAAUAGGCUUCCACUAAUACCGUGUGCUACAGUUACAAUUCAAAGUCAACCUACAACCAAUUCAAAUCAAUUAAAAUCUACAAAAAUACAACCAUCAUCACAGAUUAAUCAAGUUCCUUCUCAAGAGCAGUCUUCAGAUACAUUACCUCAAGCAUCCUGUCUACCUCAAUUUGGCCAGCAGUCGCAAACUUUAGGAUCACUUUGCUAUCAAAAUCAAUCUUUUAAUGUACAGAAUCCGCAAUUUGCGAAAAACUUUAUGUCUGGACACAUAGCAAAUAUGCCAACUUAUGCGCUACAGGGACAACUUAACAAAACGACACAGACACUAGCCCAAAAUUUGGGUAUACAGCAUGUCAUGAAUCAGAAUAGACCAGUUCUUCAAAGAAUGGUUCAAAAUGUACCUCAAAAUUCAUUAUUGCAGCAAAAUGUAGGAAUAUCGUCUACUGCACAGCAAAGUAUUAUGCCUAACAUAUCUCAAAAUAUGUAUGUACAACAAACUGCAAAUACUGGUCUACAACAAAAUAUGAACAUAAAUCGACAGCAGCAAAAUCACAAUAUAGGUAUUCAACAACCAAAUAUUAUUCCAAACAAUGUAAGAUCCAAUGGGAUAUCUACACAAAAUCAGAUUAACAUGCCAGCAACAAGCAUUGCAAACAAUAUUUCUACAAUACCAACAUUGAAUACAUAUCAAAAGAAUCUACAAGUUACUAAUAUUACAAACAUACCAAAUACUUCAUUAAGUCCAAACAAUAUAACAAAUUACCAACUUAAUUUUAAUCAGGACUUCCCUUUUUCAAAUCAAAUUGGUACACCUAAAAGUCAGCAACAAUCUACAAGUAAUUAUCAGGUUUUCCAAAAUUUUGACUCUCCAGACUUUGGUUUAUGGAAAGAUACUCAACCUCCUCAACCACCAGUUGCUUGGUGGGGAGCAACAAGAGGAACACAAAUACAUAAAGAUUCAUGCACUGCAGAUACUUUCCAGAAUUGGACUAAUGUUCCUAAUUCUGGAAAUAUGAAUAAUAGAUCUUUAAUGCCGUGCAGCAAUUAUCAACAAAAUACUUUGCCUGAAAGACAUUUUGGAACUGGAAAUAAUUUUGAAGACUCUAGAGCAUAUGAGAUGGAUCAAAAGCCCGUACAAUCAACCACAACAGGAAACACUUAUUCUUUAUUUAGUGGCAAUACAUGGGGUUCUGGUUCUCAAAUAUCUAAUCCUUCAAAUCAAGAUCAAAUGAAGGCUAGACUUAAUCAACAAUCUUUAUGGUCUGGACCUGGUCCUUCUCCUUUGGAGCGACUUCUUGAACAACAAAAGUCAUUGCGCGAAGGAGGUACUUGAAGGAAAAUUAUAUAGUCGUUGAAGAAGCAAAUGAGAAACUGAUUUUGCACCUAACAUAAAAGUUAGGUAAUCAGACAAAUAUGAUAGUAAUGUUACUAUGGUAAGAUCACUACACUGGACAAACAUGUGUUAAAAUCUUUAAAAAAAAAUGUAGAAGAAUACAAAGGGGGGAAGAAAAGUGUAGAUAAAUUAAAUCACACGUCCAGAGCGUUAUGAAACACGCUCAAAAAAGUAAUUUUCAUUAUUGUCUAUUAGUUGCGUAUGCAUUAACAGUGAGUAUGAAAACUCCAGUCAAACACACGAGGCUGUUUGGAAAUGCUUAUGUUAAAUUUAAUGGGAUGUAAGAAAAGAAAAUGGCAAAAUUUCUAUCGAUAGAGAUUUAACUUAAUCAAAUAAUAUUAUUUUUAAUAACUUAAUCAAAUAAAAAAGUUAUAUAAUUUUUGGAAUAUAUCAAUUGGUUUUAGUAUCAGUGUUCAUCACGUAAUAUGCAGAUUAUGUAGUUAUCCCAAUAUUAUCUAAUGAUUAAAGCUAUUCACAUUAGAUCAUCUUAGUUUGUCAUAUUUGAAAUAUUAUAUUUUAUUUUCAGAAAUACAAGUUCUAUGAACAAAGUACUGUGUAACGAACUACGAUAAUUUACUUAACAUAAAAUUGUUGUAAUUUUAAACAUUUGGUAUAGCACAGUUCAGAUUGAUUUAAAUUAAAUAUAAUUUUACCAAUCGUUUGAUACAUAAUCAAUUGAAUUAUUCAGUUAACAAAAAUUAUUUUCUAUAACUCAUUGUAUUAACAAAACAUUUUGUCUUAGAGAAGGAAAGAUUGCCAUGCUAUUAUAAUGCUUUACAAAUAAGAUGUACAGACUUUAAUAAAGACAUUCACAAAAUAAGUAGAUUUUAUAAAAUAAUAACAAAUAAAUAAUUUAAUGACCGUUGCAGUAAUUGAAAUAAAUGUUAGAAAUUGUAGCCAAAAACGUUUAUUAAGAAAAAAGAUUAAAAACCAAAAAAAAAAAAAAAAAAGAAAACUUGUUAAAUAACAUAACAAAAAAUUAAUUACUUUCAUUAUAGCAGAAGUACUGAUUAUGUUGAAUUACUUUUAAAUAUACGAUCUUUAAAGUGCAAUCAAAAAACAUCUGUUUUAACUUCCAAACCUUAAUAUUAUAAUAACAACAAUAAUAACAGUAUAGAUAUAAUUUGUGAUAUUUGGUUACUCAUGAUUUUCUAAAUCAUGAUUUGUUUCUGUUAAAUUAGAACGUUUAAUACUAAAAUUACAGCUAAAUGUACCAUCAUGACGAACCAUAUUUUUUUGUUUCAUUUCAGAAUUCUUAAUAUAUAGACAGUCUUCCAUAGCUUGCUGAUGUAUUACUCUGCACGUUUUUACCUAAUAUCAAAUAAUUUAUUAAAUAUUUUUUUAUUUUAUAGUACUUAUCAUUGAAAAAAAAAAUCUGUUUAAUUCAAAUUUAUAUUACCACUAAGAGAUGAGAUAAUCAAACUAAGUUUACCAUUCCUAAGUAUGUCACAGAUCUUCUCCCCAAUCCAAUUGUUAUUUCAAAUGUAAAUUGUUUACUUGCUGAAGCACUAUUUACAAGCAAAAUCAUACCUCUCAAAUCGCCUGUAUGAAGAAUUCUGAUAUUUAUAAAAAACAAUCCCAUGUUUCUUACAUAAACUGCUAAAUCAUGGUCUCUUGGUAUCAUAUAUUCUAAUUCACAAGUUUGUGUAAAUAUUCCAUUAUUCUCCUUGAACUACAACAAUAUCUGAAUUACGAAAGGAAUAACUUUCUUUCGUACAUAUAAACGAUUAUUUAAUAAUCAUACUUCAUAAAAUACAUCCUUAUGAAAAGAUUUUAAGUGUUCUACUAUCUUUUCAAAUGAUAAUGAAAUGGUACAUGAACCUAAACAACAUGGGUAAUUCCCUUUUCCAAUUUUAGGAUAGUGAAACUUUCUUUUCUCUAUUUGCUUUUGUUUUGAUCUAUUUUCCAUCCAUGUAUUAUUCGUUUGCGUUUGUUUAUUAUUCCAAAUUAAUACAUUUCUAGUUUGUACUUCUACCGAUGCUUUAGAUAUGUUUUCUGUCUGUGUAAAUACACACAUUUUAUUUUCAAGAAUUCUUCUAUUAAUUUUAUGUGUAGGAUACAUAAGGGAUGUCUAUAAAGAAUGUGAUUUAAAAUUUUAUUUAUUAUAUAACAAACAAUUUUUAUAUGCUUAAUUAGAUAUUUAUUAAAUUAUAAAAAAAUUCUUAUACAAACCAAUAUUUCUUCCAAUUUGCUUGCCAUUUCUUCAGCAAAAAAAUUUCUUGUAUUAGAAAAAUUAUUUUUACAUAUUGGGCAAUUUUGUAAUCGAUAACGACAGGAUAUGCAUAUGUGAUGACCCGAUACACAUUGUAAAAUAUUGCUUUCUGGUAUUUCACAACAUACGGGACAUUCAAGCAAACUCUCUAAAAUAUCAUACCACUGCAAAUAUAUUUUAAUUGGAAGUAAUUAUAAUUAGAAAUAUGAUAAUUAGGACUAUAAUGUACAUUAAUAUAUUUUUAAUAUAUUUUUGUCUAUGAUAUAAGCGAAGAACAAAGGGACGUACGAGAUCGUAUUUAAAUUAUUAAUAUCGAUGCAAAUUAGACAAUUAAUACUUACUUUUAGUCUGGUUUCUUCUAAUAUACUCAUUUUUACUACUUUCUUUUUAUAUAAAGUAUCUUAGAUUUUCAAAAACACACUAUUAAUAUCAUAUAAUAUUAAACAAUAUUAUCUCAACAAUUUGUUAAUAAUUAAUUAUCUUGUUUUUUUUGGGUAUUCCCCGAAGAUAUUGUUUCGCCACCAUAAAGCAGUUACAAGUUGCUACUUUACAAACUAGAUUUACAAUUAAUUUAUAACCAAUGAAAUGAAAAAAGUCCAUUGUGUUAACCAAUCACAUUACGGAAAAAUAAAAUUAAACUAUCAUAUCCCUAUUGGUCCCUAGCGAAUGACAGAAUAUAUAUAAAAAUUAUUAUAUUUUGAUAACCAUGUAUCUAACUUAUUGUAUACUUUAUUAAUAAGAAAUAAUGAAAAUAAAUUUCGAUUUUAAAUGAUUUUUAAUAUAUAAUCAUAAGGUAGAUAGAAAAUCACACAAAGCGCAUUAAAUUGUGUAGGCAAGAGAUAAGUAUAUAAGUGCAUAUAAAAAAAUCAUGGCAGGUUUUGGAAGAUUUGUUUCUCAUGGUUCUUGUUCUCAUUUUUUAAAUGCAAGAUCUUCGUUAACAAGCUCUUGUCAAUUUAUAUCAACAAAAACAAAAAAAAAUUUAGAAAGAGAUUUAUUUCCGAAUAAACCAAGAAAACCAUUAACACCAUUUUUUAAAUAUAUGAAAAUAAUGAGACCAAGCAUUGUCAAUGAAUUUCCAGAAUAUAAAUCUACUAAAAUUGUAAAAGAGAUAUCUGCAAGGUGGGCUUUAGAAGACCCUGAAUAUAAAUUUAAGUUAAAUAAAGAAUAUGAUACAGAAUACAAAGAAUAUAUGAUGAAAGUAAUAGAGUAUGAAAAAUCAAUUACUCCAGAACAAAGAGAACAGUAUAUGAUGAUAAAAAAAAUGAAUAAUAAAAAAAAAGAAAACAAAGAUGGUAAAUUACUUGGUAAACCAAAAAGACCACCUUCUGCUUUUAUAUUAUAUAUGCUUAACAUGAUAAAAACAAAUAAUUCUAUCACAAAAAAUAAGGAAUACAUAAAACAGCUAAGUAUUCAAUGGAAAGCUAUGAAUGAACAAGAUAAAAAACAGUUUAUAAAUCAAGCAGUGAAAUUAAUGGAUCAAUAUAAUAAAGAGAAAGAAGAAUGGAAUCAAAAGAGAACAAAAGAGAUUCAAAAUAAAGAUAAAAAUAUAUAGGAAAUAGUGUGUCCCACCCAAUCUAAUCAUAAAGUUUUAAAUAUCACGUUAAUUCCUUCAAAAGUAUUUAAUAAGGACAUUAUGGGUCGGGGCACAAAGAUUCCUGACUUUUCAAUAAAUAUUUCAAUUUAUGAAUAUUUUAUCGGACAGAAUUCAAUAAUUUAUAAAUAUUUUCUAAGUCGUUCUCAGUUUCAUCAUAAUCUGUAUUCUAUUUCGUUUUAUAUGGUUAAAUCCAGUGUUAUUAAAAAUGAUUUGAUGACUCAUCCCCAUGAAAAUUAUUUAUUAAAUAUAGAUAAAUGUAAAAAUGCUGCUGCAUUGAUAGAUUAUCUACCAAGUAAUAAUAACAAGAUACUGUCUGAUCCUGAUGCAAUUAUGAACAAUGUAAAAGUACAUAUUUCUAAAUCUGAAAAACAAAAUGAAAAAUUAGAAUUUAAUGUGAAAACACUGAAACAUUUAACUAAAAAUUGGGACACAGUAAAGAAGUAUGUAUUCAUUGGAAUAUUUUAUUUUCUCAUAUCGAUUUUUUGCUGUUGGAAUCUUAUGUACAGAUAACAGAUCUUCUUUUUUAUUUCCAAUCAUAGUACUUUUUAGGUUUUUUGUGUUAAUUUUUGAAUGUGUUAUAUACAUAAUUAUUAUUGAUGAAAUAAAUUUAUAUAUUAUCAAAUUAA